AUGGCACCCAGAGGUCAAUCGACUAGUAGAGAUGAACAAAUCUGUGGAAGAAGGUUCUUCCUGGAUGUACGGGGUGAUACACGAAGCAUCGAGAAAGAUUUGAAGAGUUUGGGUGGGACAGUUCAUAAAUUCCUUAGCAAAGAUGUCGAAUGCAUUGUCACGAAUAGAAGUAUAUCUACACCACGGAAAACAAGAGCAUCAAGUGCCCCAGUCAGCAAGGGAAAGGGAAGUGAGUAUUCAAGGGGAAGGGCUAUGGUUACAAGAAGCAACCAAGAUAAACAGACUGAAGUUCGCUCUUAUGCAGUUGGUGUAGCCGCUAAAUGGGGAAUUCAAGUUCUUACAUUAGAAGAUUUGAAACGGUUAAUUGGUAAACACAAGUCGAUAGUAUCUUCACAACAGCUAUCCAGAAGGGCAAAGCGAACUGCACCAUCUCGUCAGCUUAAGGAAAACUACAUUAAAUUGGAAGACAGGUCCAAGAGUUUUCAGCCAGUGGUCAAGCGUCCAUCUACGUGGCCAAGACCAGAUUUCUCUGCGUCCACUGGAUCUCCAUUCACCACGGAUGCCUUCAGUCCCCCAAGGACCCGGUCAGCGGGCCGCAAGACCAAUGCCCGUAAACCACCUGCAUCCAGAGGCAGUACAUCACCACAAAAAAAGACUAGACGACCCCGUCAGGUAGCUGCUACCAAGAGAUCUGUCCCACCCUCACCUGCCAAACCACCAAGAGGAAGAUCACCACGGGUUACCAGGGCAACCAAGGGACCAAUUGUCACAUUCCAAUUGGCCAAGAUCCCUCCAGCCUCUGAAGUCAUUCCUAAACCCAAGCCAUUGAAGAAGGCCAAUGUUACAAUGAGAAAAGUGAAACGUCAGCUUGACUUUGAUGAUGUUAUCAUUCCAUCUCCUGUGAGCACGGCUAAAACCAAAAUCAUAAAGGCAACCAAGAAACUUGUUAUUCUCAAGGAACUUCAAGAUCGUCUUGAUGGCAUUACAGAUCUAUCCCCCGUCAAGUCACCAGCAUCGAGACGUCAGCAGCCAGCUAGGGGGAAGAGAGGAUCCACUUCCCCCAGACCUGUAACUGUUUCACGUCUUGCUCGCCAGCUCAAGAAAGAAUUGCAUCAGACCUCGCCUGAGAUAGCUCCUAUGUCACUUAGAAAUGGCAAGAUCAAGUUUGCUGCUUGUUGAACUUUGACAACUCUAUAUCAUCAAAUGAGAAAAUUCAAUUUCAUAUAUUCAUACAAUGCAAUAAUGUGAAUAAGAGCUGGAAAAUGUUUUCAAACAAUGACAAAACUGUCACAAUUUCUUUUUCACUGAAAUUAUUACAAAACAGUGCCAACAUGCCAUACAUAUUUGUCCAAUGAAUAAAAUGUUAAUACAUGGUCAAAUUUGUGGAAUAACAGAUGAUAUAAUUUGAAAAAAUCCCCCUAGAGAUAGGUACAUGUAUGUGUUAAGAAGUAAAUCAAUUUAUUCCUUUCAGAGUAUGUAUUAUGUUUUGAAAAAUAUAUUUUAUUUGAAUGAAAUACUUCAAGUUAAAAACAGAGAGUGAAUGUAUCUUAUCAAAUCAGGUUUACUUUGUAGUAUUUUUGUGUGUGUGCUGUUCAUUCACUGUUUGCUUUAUGUUUAUGAAUGGAAGAAGAAAAAACAUGAUUGUUAUAUCUUUUAUCACAGUUGUCAUAUAUAUAUUAUAUAUAUGUUCAGUAUUUGCUAAAUAUGAAAUGUGGUGGCCUGAAUUUGAAAAAAAUACAUUCUAUAUUCUUUUAUUUUUACUUAUAAUCAAUUUUUGUUGCAAGUUAUAAUUUAUUGCAGUUAAUAUUCCAAGUGCUGAUUAGUUUUAUUUUUGUCUAAAGUUUGAUUUUAUUAAACCAUCAGAAAAAGCCUUGGAGUAUGUAUUCAAAAUGAACUGGAGGAUCAUAAUAAUGGAAUCAAAGAUGUUUUUUUUUUCUUUGAUAGGGGUUAUUGGACUCUUGUUUCAUAGGCUAUUGUAAAUGGAUAAAAUACUUUCCAAUUUAGUAUGUUGGCCAAGGCUAAGUCAUUGACUUGAAUCUGAUCUAAGGCACAUAAAAGGAGACUGGAUCAAAUGAUUGCUUGCAAUUUCUUCUCUAAUUUGUUGAAUACCUUUUAACAAUCUAUUUGUUUUUUAUUCUUGAUAAGAGUUAUUAUUCUUUUGUCUACACAUGAGUAAUGAUAUAUUCAUGAUAUCUGUCAACAAAGUAUUCGUAAUCGCGAUAAAAAGAUGUGUAUGCACGGAUGGCAGCCAAGUCCAGGGGGCCAAGAUAAAACGUUAAAAGGGCACAUGGCCCAAGACCAAAGCACCUCUGAUACCGUGCUAUUAAUGUUUAGACAAAACAAUAAUGUCUCCUAUUUAAAAGAGAGUUUAGAAUAAUAGAACAAAAUGAAAAGGACAUUGCAAGCAAGCUACCCAAUUAAUUGUAAAGUUGGUGUAUUAUUUAUAUAUAAUUUUUCUUCUUUCUCAUAUCAGGAGUUUAUUUAUACAUGGA